UUUUCCCUUCUUAUCAACCAAACCAAAGAACCAACCAGAAAAACAAAACUUUCUUUGAACAAAAAAGCAGCCUUUUGAAACAUUGCAGGAUUCAGGAAAUGGGUUGGAUUGUAAGGCUAUUUGUUCUUAUGCAAUUAGUUCAUGUGGUAUUUUGUUGGGGAAAACAUGGUCAUUAUGCUGUUUGCAAGAUAGCUGAGGGAUAUCUUUCAAAAGAUGCCAUGGCUACAGUGAAAGAACUGCUCCCUGAUUAUGCUAAUGGUGAGCUUGCAUCUGUAUGUUCAUGGCCUGAUGAUAUCAAGUGGUAUUACCGCUGGUACUGGACCAGUCCCUUACACUAUGUUGACACCCCAAGUUUCAAGUGUAACUACAAAUACGGCCGAGACUGCUAUGAUUCUGCUGGACGUAGAAAUAAUUGUGUAACUGGAGCAAUUUUCAACUAUACAAAACAACUAUUUUCAGCUUAUCAAGGAUAUAAUCCCAAUUUGAAAUGUAAGUAUUGUUCAUAUAUAUAUACAUAUAUGUACUGGUUUAUCAUAUACUCUUCAUCUGUUUGUGACAGACAAUUUGACAGAGGCACUCAUUUUCUUAGCUCAUUAUAUGGCCGAUGUUCAUCAGGAGAUUUAGGUGGGACUAUUCUUAAAGUUCGUUGGUAUCGUAAGAAGACAAAUCUACACCAUGUUUGGGAUACAUUGAUUAUUGAUACUGCAGUGAAGACAUUCUAUGGCUCGGAUCUUUCAACGAUGGUUCGAGCUAUCCAAAGGAAUAUUACAGAUGCUUGGUCCAGUGAUAUAGCAUCAUGGAAAUCUUGUAGACAUCACGACAGAGUUUGUCCUAACUUGUAUGCUGCUGAAAGCGUUAGGUUAGCAUGUAACUUUGCAUAUAAGAAUGCUACACCAGGAAGCAUCUUAGAAGAUGAUUAUUUCCUCUCUCGGUUGCCUGUCGUGGAGAAGAGGCUCGCUCAAGGCGGGAUUCGCCUUGCCGCUGUGCUCAACCAACUACUUAAUUUCGAAGUGAAAAUCGGACAAUCAUUGUGAUAAAAAAAAAUCAGAGAAGCAUGUUUAAAUGCUGUAAGCACCAUUGCAAUAUAUGUUCAUUGCUCAUACAAAACAAUGUAUUCAAUGUAAAUUUUUUAAAUUCAACAUUGAAAUUGAAUGAUAAACUUGCAGAA